AUGAUCGAGGAACUCCUUGCUCAGAUACAUCCGGGGAUAGCAACCAUCUAUCUGCUGGGGGCUUUGUUCUUUGCUUGCAUGAUUCGAAGGGCACAGGUGUCGACGGAAAUCUCGAAGCUGGGUUACACAGCGCCGAGAAUUCGUUUCCGCUUCCCAUAUGCAAUCGACUUCCUUUACGGAGCAUGCAAGGCCAACGACAACGGUACAGACCAUGAAUUUUUGCAUCAAGCGAUCCUGAACGCGAAAGGAGCAAGCCAGAUUGACUGCGUCAAAACCGCCGAGCUUAGUGGAGGUAUCACGCAUCGAGUCAUUCUGACUAAAGACCCUGAGAACAUCAAGGCUAUUCUUACGGGACAAUUUGCAGAUUAUGGGAAAGGCGAGGAAUUCCAUCAACAAUGGAAAGACUUUCUAGGUGACAGUAUCUUCGUCACAGAUGGUGAGCUCUGGUCCCGUUCACGCCAUCUCAUCCGACCAAUGUUUGUCCGGGAUCGCAUCGUCGACACUGAAGUCUUUGAGAAACACGUUCAAAACUUGAUUCCUCUGUUGGCAGGGAGCAGCUCGCCCAGUGGGAGCAACGUCGUCGAUAUCGGUUCUCUGUUUUUCCGCUUCACCAUGGACGCAGCCACUGAUUAUCUCCUCGGCCAGGGCACAAACAGUCUGCACAAUCCGGAGACCAGAUUUGCAGAGGCCUUCAGAUAUGUGAAGCAUUGUCAAUCCGAGAUCUUUCGGCUGGGUUGUGGGAUCAGCAUGUUUAACUUCGCCGUGUCGAAGAGGAAAUUCCGCCGCGAACUCAAGGUGAUGGACGAUUUCAUCCAACCAUACAUCAACCGAGCCCUCUCUCUGACACCUUCGGAACUCGACCAGAAACUCUCCAAGCGAGAAACCUUCCUGGACGCCCUUGCCCACUUCACCCGCGACCCGCGCGUCCUCCGUGACCAGAUCGUCGCCGUCCUCCUCGCCGGUCGCGACACCACAGCCGUAACUCUCUCCUUCUGUGUCUUCGAGCUAGCCCGCAACCCCGAUGUCGUCGCCAAACUGCGCGAGGAGAUCAGCGCCCGACUGGGUCUCGGGCGCUCGGCCCAGAAACCCAGCUACAGCGACCUCAAGGAGAUGAGGUACCUGAACGCCGUCCUCAACGAGACCAUGCGCCUCUAUCCAGCCGUUCCCUUCAACGUCCGCUAUUCCCUCCGUGACACGACGCUGCCACGCGGCGGCGGGCCCGACGGCCUCUCGCCAGUCGGUGUCCGCGCCAACACGCGCGUCAUCUACUCGGCGAUGAUCAUGCAGCGAAGCGCAGAGAACUACGAACCCCCGGGCUCGCCGAACUACUUCGAUCCAGAGAAAUGGUUGCCUGACCGGUGGCUGUCCGGGUGGCAGCCCAAACCCUGGCAAUUUAUCCCCUUCAAUGGGGGGCCGAGGAUCUGCCUCGGUCAGCAAUUUGCUACCAUCGAAAUGGGUUACACCGUUGUGAGGAUCCUGCAAGCCUUUGAGAGGAUCCAGGCCAUGCCGGCCAAUGAGAAGGAGCGGGUCGAGGAUCCUGUGCUGAAGUUUGAGGUUACCCUUAGCCCUGGUUCAGAACUGAAUUGUGUUUUCGUGCGAGAGGACGAGGGUACUUUACCGACCAAGGAGAAUUGA